GAUAAGCCGACGUGUCACCUCUUCCCGCCCUCCGGCCUCCCUCCCCAACCCAACCCAAGCCUAUCUCACAAACCCGCGCGCUAUCCCUCUCCCCCCUUCCCCUCUCACACCGCGAGCUCGCGUAGGACACGAACGAGAUGAGGCCAGCGUCGUCCCCCGUGCCGGCCGUCCUCACGGCCCCGGCUACCGCUGCCACUGCCGCCAUCGCCGUAAAGCCAACGCCGCCUCAACGCGCGCUUCAAGCCAGCAGGCGCGAGUUGGUGGUGGCGGCGGCGGCGGUGGCGCUGUGGCCGUGCGGGGGAGCGGCGCGGGCGGCGUCGGACGACGAGUACGUGAGCGAGACGAAGGACGUGAUCGGGAAGGUGCGGUCGACGAUCAACAUGGACAGGGCGGACCCCGGGGUGGCGGACGCGGUGGCGGAGCUCCGCGAGCUGUCCAACUCGUGGGUGGCCAAGUACCGCAGGGAGAAGUCGCUGCUGGGCCGCCCGUCCUUCAGGGAGAUGUACUCCGCGCUCAACGCCGUGUCGGGCCACUACAUCAGCUUCGGCCCCACGGCCCCCAUCCCCAACAAGCGCCGCGCCCGCAUCCUCGAGGAGAUGGACACCGCCGAGAAGGCCCUGCUCCGCGGCCGGUGAGGUGAGUGAUGAUUGAUUGAGCCGAGUGCUUACGGCCACCGAUCUUUCUCGUGUGAGACGCACGCACGCGCGUGCGUACGCGGCACAUUCACUUUUUGUAACUACUAUACUACCGUCGCGUCGCGAUGGGGCCGGGCGUCGGCUUUGCUCUUGUCGAGUGGAAUCGAAUCGGUGGAGGCUUUGAAAUUAUUACUACUGAGUUGUAUGUGUAUUUUUUUUUUCUGUAUGAUUUUUGGUUCAGCUGACAUGGUGAGGAUUACACGGUUGGCUUGGG